GUCUCAUACACGUGAAGUGUGAAUCCGAAUGUUUAAUUUGAGUUGGAUCAUGAGUUAGAUAGAUGUAAAUUGGUUUGAACUUAGGGUUAGAUAAAUAAGGAGCGGCAAAUCAACUCCUCGCCAAAAGUUGGUAAAUAAACAUUUUGGGAAUGAAAAGAUAAAGAGAGGAUGGUAUGGCUAAUGAACUUAGCCUUGGGGGAGAGAUGAUUGUUAUCGCUUUGAGCCAGUUACAAAAGAAUAACAAGAAGUUUUCACAUAGUUUUAAAAUUAUGAUCGAUUUAAGUGAGUUUUAGAGAAAAUGUAGACACGAUGUGUUGAGAAUGACGCGAGAUCGAGUGUGUUGAAUGAAGAAUCUUAGUACUCUCCUUCAUGGCACACGCAUGGCAUAUAAUACCUGGCACCCCAAAUAGGUUAAGACCUAAUCGAGCAAAGUCGUCAUCCUGGAUAGGACCGUUAAGACUUAAGCUUGCAAACUAUUUAAAAGGUAAGGAAUUCAGAGAUACAAACUCAUUCAGGUGGCGUACGACGUCUCUUUGAUGGUAAGGAUGACAACUAAGGAACCUUAUAGCUAAAAGCUCCAACAAUGAAUGCAAAAAAAUAGAACGUUCAAUCUUGUACCUCAAAUGAUUCUCGUUGGUCUCAUUAUUCUAUGGUAAUUUCGAACUCUAACAUGAUAACUCUUAGGAAGGAGAAGAAGACGAUAAAUCUUCAUAAACAUCUAGUUAAUAAAUAAAAAAUAUGUUUCGAUAUUCCGUUAAGAUUUGUUAAGAUAUAAUGUACCCAUAUGUUGGUUAUUUGGUCCUCUAAUGGUUAGUAAGUAGUACCACAAGGAAAUGGACACAUUAAUUGAUAUAGUGAUCGAAGUUUCCUCCUUUGACCAACCGCCAACGUUUUCACUGUACCCUUAAUAAAUUUCCAACUAUGGUAAGUUUAUUAUUAUUUUGCAUUUAAGGACACAUUUAGGAUAAUAUUCUAACUGUCAAAUAGAAUAAUAUGUUUCUCCCCUUUGUAUAAUAAAUAACAGUAAAAAACCCAUUUUUUCCUUUUAAUUUUUAUUACAUUAUUUUACCGUAUGUGACAUUGAACCUAUAACGGAAAGGCAAUUAAGUGGUGUAGUGUUCAUAUCGUGGAAAGGACAUAAUAAUUAAUUAAUUGAUUGAUUUAAAUAAAAAAAUGAAUGAAUAAAGAAAUGGGGUGCAAGUCCCAUGUUGGUCGACCUUAUCCUAUUAGUGAAAGACAGAGAUAAGCUUAUAAGAGAAAAAGACCGACUUUCCCUUUUAUUAUUUGUUUUUUUUUAUAAAUUAAACAUGGUGGUGGUGGUAGGGCAAAUCAAGUUUGACUCAAAGAAAUUCACUUUUUGGAUAAUAUAGUUUAGAAUCCUAGUUGUAUUUUUCUUUCAUCUAGUGAUACUAUUAUAAGAUAGAUUAAAAAUAUGAAUCUAAUCAAUUUCUGAAUUAGGGAAAAGUUUUUUUUUAAAUCUAGUUCGGUGUUCAAAUUUUGCUACUUAGAAAAGAAAAAUCCAUGCUGUUUGAUAUUAUAUUAUCUCAUUUGACUUAACCAGUCAGAUAAAUUUUCUCUAAGUUAAAUAUGUGUUCUUUCAAUCAUUUAAAUUUUUUAUCAGGCGAGCCAACUAUUUAUGAUCGACUCUUUUUUAUUUUUCAACUCAAUGAAUAUUUAAUGCAUUUACCAGCAACAUACUGCGGAAUGUACAUUCACCAACAAAGGGAAGAUAUAUUUUUGCUGCUGAGAUCAGUGAAGGUUCACCGAUUUAAACCUUGUAGUUUGUAUUUUGCAAAACUCGUUAUUCUUUUCUUUGUACAUAGAUAGAUAAUAUUAUUAGAAGUUUCUAUAAAAAAACAUAAGUAGAAGUUUAGUUAGGUCACUUAACCUCCAAUACAACUAUACAUAUUAUUCCUUUUGUUCAUAUUUUGUACUAAUCUCUUCACCACUCCAAAAUCACUUAUCCAUAUGGAUUAGGAUUGAGUUUUAAUGUUUUUGUCCUUGAGUUAACACAAGGAAAGUUCAUCAACAACAUUUUCUCAACAACAUAUAUAUGGAAACAAGCAUCAACCCCUAAUUUAAAUUAUUAACACUAAACCUAUAUUUUUUGUUUAUUCUCAUUACCAACUUAUCCUCAUCAUCAUCAUAAUCACUUCAUUGCCAUAAUACAAAAUCUUAAAUUAAUUAUAAAGACCGUUUUCUGUUCUUCCCAUAAAACCCCUCUCUCUCUUUCAUUUAUAUUUCACAUUUUUUAUAAAACCGCAAACCCACACAAAAUUUUUCUCCCAUUCUUCAUUUCCUUCAGUUCUUCUCCCUCCUUUUCCUCUGUUCUUCAUCUCUGAUGCGAUUUUUCAGCUAAAAGGAACCAGAUUUGGGUGGAAAACCAAAAAAAAUGUCACAGUCCUGCAUAGAGUGUCUCAGUUUAAUCUCAACCGACGAUUUCCGGGUCAUCAAUCGCCGGCCGCCCGCCGCCAUCAAGCUCCCUUCGAUCCCCAUCCAACAGCAGCAGCAACAACAACUCAGAUGCCCGCCUUCCCCGGCCGCCGCGCCUCCGCCGCCGGAGCGCCGGGUCGUGGUGGCUAACCACCUCCCCAUCCGGGCCACGCCCGACCCGGACAGGCUGUCGACGGCGCCGUGGAGGUUCGAGCUCGACGAGGACUCCCUCUACCUCCAGCUCCGCGACGGGUUCUCGCCGGAAACAGAGGUCUGGUACGUCGGCUGCCUGAAGCCGGAAAUCGACCCGAGGUACCACGAGGAGAUUUCACAGACGCUGGCGGAGAAGUUCCGGUGCGUGCCCGUUUUCCUGCCGCCGGAGGUGCUCAACAAUUUCUACCACGGUUUCUGUAAGCACUACCUCUGGCCCCUCUUUCACUAUUUGUUGCCCAUCUCGCCGGCGCACGGCGGCGCCGCCCGAUUCGACCGGAAGAAUUGGCAGGCCUACGUCUCGGCGAACAAAAUCUUCGCGCAGAGAGUGGUCGAGGUGCUGAACCCAGAAGAGGAUUCGAUUUGGAUCCACGAUUACCAUCUCUUACUCCUCCCCACUUUUCUCAGGAAGAAGUAUCACAGAGUGAAAUUAGGGUUCUUUCUCCACAGCCCGUUUCCCUCUUCCGAAAUCUACAGGACGAUUCCCGUGAGGGAGGAGAUCCUUCGGGCUUUGCUCAAUUGCGAUUUGGUAGGGUUUCAUACUUUCGAUUACGCUCGCCAUUUCUUGUCCUGCUGUAGCAGAAUGUUGGGUCUGGAUUACGAAUCGAAGAGAGGGUAUAUUGGAUUGGAGUAUUUUGGGCGAACUGUGAGUAUCAAGAUCUUGCCGGUGGGGAUUCACAUGGGCCAGCUGGAAUCGAUUCUCAAAGGCGGGGAAAUCGUGGAGAAGGUGAAGGAGCUGAAGGAGAGGUUCAAAGGGAAGACUUUGAUUGUCGGGGUUGACGAUUUGGAUAUCUUCAAAGGGAUCAGCCUCAAGUUUCUCGCAAUGGGGAGGUUGCUGGAGCAGAAUCCUGAUUUGAGAGGCAAAGUGGUUCUGGUCCAGAUUUGCAAUCCGGCGAGGAGCAAAGGGAAGGAUGUGCGAGAAGUGGAGGACGAGAUCCAGUCGGUGGCAAAUUCGGUGAAUCGGAGGUUCGGUAGAGGACAAGAUGGGUACAGUCCGAUCGUGUUCAUCAAUGGCGGAGCUCUGACAACUCUGGAGAAAGCUGCUUACUAUGCCGUGGCAGAAUGCUGCGCGGUGAAUUGCAUCAGGGAUGGUAUGAAUUUGGUUUCUUACAAGUACACUGUUUGUAGGCAGGGGAGCCCUGUUCUGGACCAGAUGGGUAAUGAUGACGAUGUAGGCAAGGUUGAGAAGAAAAAGAGCGUCUUGAUCGUCUCCGAGUUCAUCGGGUGCUCGCCUUCGCUGAGCGGGGCGAUCAGGGUGAACCCGUGGAACAUCGAGGCAGUGGCGAGUGCAAUGUCUGAUGCGAUCACGAUGAAGGACGAGGAGAAGAGGAUGCGCCACGAGAAGCAUUACAAGUACAUCAGCUCCCACGAUGUGGCCUACUGGGCGAGGAGCUUCGAUCAGGACCUGGAACGGUCCUGUCGAGACCACUACAACAAGAGGUACUGGGGUGUUGGAUUCGGUCUCGGGUUCAGGAUCGUCGCAUUGGGUCCCAGCUUCAGGAAGCUCUCCAUCGAGCCGAUCGUGGCUGCCUACAAGAAGACUUCCACCUCCAGCAGGCUCAUCUUGCUCGACUACGACGGUACAAUGACCCCACAAGCAUCCGUCGACAAGUCCCCCAGCGACGAGGUGAUCACCGUCCUGAACCGCCUGUGCGAUGACCCCAGGAACGUAGUGUUCAUCGUCAGUGGGAGAGGCAAGGAGCCAUUGAGCAAGUGGUUCUCCCGGUGCCCCAAAUUGGGGAUCUCUGCUGAGCAUGGUUACUUCACUAGCUGGACGAGGGAAUCAUCGUGGGAGGCGUGCCCGGUGGUGAUGGACAGCGAUUGGAAGAAGAUAGCCGAGCCGGUGAUGGAGCUAUACACCGAGACGACGGAUGGAUCCUUCAUAGAGCACAAGGAGAGCGCACUGGUGUGGCAUUAUCAGGAGGCAGAUGCUCAUUUCGGGCAGAGCCAGGCCAAAGAACUGCUCGAUCACCUCGAGAAUGUGCUUGCCAAUGAGCCUGUAGUUGUCAAGAGAGGCCAGCACAUCGUUGAGGUCAAGCCCCAGGGAGUGAGCAAAGGCAUAGUGGUAUCGAACUUGGUCUCUACGAUGCAAAGCGAGGGCAAGUCCCCCGACUUCCUGCUCUGCAUUGGGGACGAUCGAUCCGACGAGGACAUGUUCGAGUCGAUUGUCAGACAAGUCGAGAACCCACAGUCUCCAUCCAUAGCCGAGGUGUUUGCCUGCACGGUGGGGCAGAAGCCAAGCAUGGCCAAGUACUACCUCGACGACACUAGUGAUGUGAUCAUGCUGCUUCAAGGGCUUGCUAAUGCUUCAGCAGUAGAAAGACCACCACGAAAUCAAGUUUAAUUACAAAAGUAAAGGAAGCAAAAGGUAACACCUUCUUGAAGUGCAAGUAUAGAAGAGAAGAAAAAGGUUAGUGAGAGUUCAAAUUAGGAGACAGAAACAAGACCCUGAAAUGGUAGUAAAAAAGAAAGAAUGAAAGAAAAGGUGGAGACUUUGUACAGUUGUUGUCGAUGAUGAUGAUGAUGAUAGAUUUACUGCAGAAGCUUACAGCAUGUUGAUUUCUUUUCCCCCACUGCUUUGUUGUUGCUUUUUUUUUGGUGAAGGGUUUAUAGUCAACAGUUCUCAUAUUUGACUGAUUCAUAUACACUGAUUCAUUCAUUGCAAGAACAGUUCCAUUUCUUUUGAGAGGUGAUUCUGCAGUUUGGUUAGGUUUUAAAACCAGAUAGGAUAAACACCUGCAUUACUGCCACUGCUACAAGACCAUAGGUGUUGCCUUGCAUCGUCGUUGCGUUCUGGAUACCUAACUUAUGACGAAACUUCCUUCUUUCCUCUUGGCGAUUGAUCCAAUAGUUAAUGAUGAGGAAUGAUGCUUGGAGUUGGAUAUUGGAUGUGUUUCUUUGUGUCCUUGUGAGCCUGGUCGAGGCAUUGUAGAAAUGUUCAUUUUCUUCAUAGAUUGAGCAGGAUGGCCCAACAGCCUAUUGCUCUAUGAGUGAUUUUGGGUUGAACAUGAUGAACACGGGCUCCAUCGAUCUCCAACUGUCACUUGGUUGGGCGCCUGCAGGUUCUGAAGCUGCAGGCGGCACGUGGAGAAAAAAAGUCAGUGGGCAGCCUGAAGUCCAAAUGGUGUAUGAACGAUGGGACAAUCGAUUCCGCACCACUUUGUACUCUUGUUUUGUCUCUCUUUCCCCACCACAAAAGGGAUACUUACAAAAGGUUCAGAUUUCCGGCAAAAAGUACCAAAAUAUAUAAUCUAAGGACUAAGAAAGACGGAGUUGCUUACACAAUAUAUUCGAGAAUAUACUCAACCGAGCAGAAAUUUUGGGAGUCAUCACUUAUCUUGAGCUUAUUAGGGACUAGUAACAGAGCUACAUCGUUGUUGUCGGACAAACAUAUAACUAAACGAAGAUUGAAAAGUGAUUGCAUAUAUGAUGAGUUAUUAUCAGUAGACUGAUUCUUACUUGUUCUAAGAUUCUAAUUCAACGAUGUGAAGCUAGUGUGCUCUUUUCUAUGUCUCUCCAACCAUUCCUCUAGCAAUAAAUCUUGGUUGCAUUU